UCGUUGCUCUGAUAAUAGAACAUACUAACGUUUAUAGACCCUGGCUACUCCCAUCAUCAAGUUGGAGGAGAGACGAAGGGCAAGAGGUUCAGCAGGUGUUGCAAUCAGGUCACAAAGAGCAGGCCAAACCCACUAUCACGCCUAGCCAUGAUACACGAACGAGCCAGGGACUCGGAGGCAGGUGGACCACUCCUAGAGCUAUGUCAUUGGCCGGCGUCGUUCACAACCUCGUGGAUGAUAAAGGAGAUUCCGAGAAUGAGAAUGGAUCACCUCAUGGCAAGCAAGCUGCAAGGCGUUUCGCCGCAACUCUCCAAACACCUAAGCGGCGUUCCUCCGGUUUCAACUCUACUCCUAGUUCGCCAGCUGGGAGGACAG